AUGCAUAUCUUCCUCAAACUACCUAAAGAUAUAUUAUCAUCAAUUUUUAGUCACAUCAAUGAUGAGUCAAUUCUUGAAAGUUUAAAAUUUAUUCCAGGUUUACAAUAUAUUUAUUUAGAGCAAAAAUAUUCAAAAUAUGAAUUAAAUAGUUUCCACAAGUCAAUUAAAAAAUUAUUAUUACUUUUUAAAGUAUUUGAGUUUAUCCCUUCAAUCAUCGUUGGGGAUGUAGAAGAAAUCAAUCAAGUAUUAGAUGAACCUGCAUUUAAAUUAGCCAAAUAUGAAGUGAAGAUCUUAAGUAAUACUAAAUUCAGUGAUUUUGUAUCAAUUUCAAAUAAAGUUUAUGUUAUAGGUAUACAUUUAAAUUCUUUUAUUACUGAAUCUAAAAACAAUGAGGUUAAAUCAUUUUCGAAUUAUAUUGAGAAUAAUAGUUUACAAUCUUUAACUGUAUUUUAUUUAAAUAAGUUUAAAGUCCAGCUUCCAACAUCUUUAAAAAAAUUAACAUUAAAUCAGCGUCAAAAUCUUGAAUUAAAUCUAAGUGACUUACAAAACCUCGAAUCUUUAGAGUGCUAUAAACUAUAUGAUAUGGGUUCAUUGGAAGAUCUUCAGCUUUCAACAUCUAUCAAAGAGUUAGAACUUUAUUUUUGUGAUUUUAAAAGUUUGGGUAAUUUAAUCAAGUACGACAAACUAAAACUACUUCGUAUAGCAUGUUGUUCUGAAAUUCAAGAUCUUUUUGAUACAGAGUUCCCUAGUUCAUUGAAAAUUUUGAAAAUCGAAAACAACUUUCAAUUUGAAGACUUAUGGAUCUAUAAGAAUUGUUUUCCUCCACAAUUGGAAAACUUUAUGAUUUACAACAAUAAUAUGCAAACUUUCAAAAUAGGAGAUGUUGAGAUUGCAAAAUCACUAAAUUUUUUAGUAUUGGUAGGAAUUGAAGAAAUUGAUUUGAAUAGGGUUCUUGUUAAUCUACCAAGGAAGAUGGCUGAAAUUGUUUUUGAAGAUUGUCGCCUUGUGUCUUCUACAUCUCAUGUUUCAUUUCCUGAACUGAAGCUAAUCGAAAUUUUCUACAGUAAAAUAUGUUUCGAUGGUUUCAAAACAAAUUUAAAUGAGUUGAAAUUAUUGAAAGAUUUGUGUUUAAUUGAUAACAUUUUUUUAGAUAUUGAUGAUAGCGAGUGGCCAAUUGAUCCGCUUAUGAUUGUAACUCGCAUGGAAACAUCCCAUUUGGACAAGGUAUAUUUCAACCCACCCCAAUUACAAAGUUUAAUCCUAACAAGUAAAUGGCCACCAGAUGAUAUUGAUCGUGAGUAUCCUUUUGAAGUGUUAUUUAAUUGUAAAAAUUUGACCGAAAUAAAUAUGAAAAAUUUGAAUAUAAGCUUCUAA